CUCCUGCGGGGUGGACUUCGGUCGGCUCUGCUGGCUCCCCGCCUCCUUGCUGGACCCACGGGGACGCUGCGGGAUUUGGCACCAUGUCUGUAUCGAGGCUGGCUCGGUUGCUCGGCGGCGUUCCGGCCACCGCGUCGAGAGCGGCAAGAUCACCCCUCUCAUGUCAUUCUGUGAGGAAAAUGAGUUCUCAAGGAGAAAAAUCCAAACCUAUCAAACAAUCUCUUAAGAAGCCAAAGUUACCAGAAGGUCGUUUUGAUGCACCAGAAGAUUCUAAUUUAGAGAAAGAACCACUGACAAAAUUCCCAGAUGAUAUUAAUCCUGUUACCAAAGAAAAAGGUGGACCCAGAGGCCCAGAACCUACCCGAUACGGAGAUUGGGAACGAAAAGGACGCUGUAUUGAUUUUUAAGACACAUAUAUUACUAACUUCACUAUCUUUUUCUGAAUAUGUAGAUCCGAAUUUAUUUCCACUUGUUUGCUUUCUGUAUAUCCUUUAAAUCAUUUAGUUUCUAUGAUGUGUUUAAAAACAUAAAUAAUGCCUUGAAAGAAAAUAUGCUGCUAUAAAGUAAGGAAGGGUAAUUAAAAAAAAAAAGUAAGAAAGGGGAAAUAGUUCUGUAUUAGUACAUUAAUGUUACUUUAAGUAAAUUGGAAUAUAUAAAUGAUAGUUAGAGCUGCAAACUCAUUUCAUCACAUUUCAGUUUUAUCAGCUGCUUACAAAAUGCAAAUGUAAAUAAAACAAGUUUUAAUGAUUUUUAUUGCCACAUGCUAGGUAACAGUGACUUUUUAUGUGUGAGUUAAGUAAUACAUUAUAGUCUGGUAAGGCCAUAGUAACAACAGAAAAUCUAACUCAGACCAGAUUACUUGGGUUCAGAUCCUGGCUCUGCUACUUAUUAGCCAUGUGAUCUUGGGAAAGUUAUUUAACUUCUCUAUACCUCAGUUAUCUUCAUGUAUAAAUUGGAGUUAAUACUAGUCCUACCUCAUAGGGUAGUGGGAAGAUAUUUAAAUGAGUAAGUACACGUAAACCACUUGGUACAGUGCAUAGCACAUAGCUCUCGCUGUAAGUAUAGCUGUCCUUCAAUUUUAAAUGUAUUUUUCCAAGUCUCUAGGGGACUCUGUGGGGAAAUAUUAAGAAACCAAGUUUGGAAUACUUGAACUGAAAUUGUUUUAUAUGAAUAUAGCAUUAAAAAUCAUUAGUUGGAAAAUUAGUGAUUUUUUGCAUGAAUGGACUGAGCUGAAAUACAUACUAGUUUGUUAAACAUAAAAUUUAGAUACAGAGGGUCAAUAAAAUUUAGAUACAAAGCAGAGGAUGAAAUGGGCCAGCUUAGUCAGUUUUGAUGACUCAAAAGCUCUUCUGUUGUGGCCUUUGGAUAACUGGGUCAUGAAAAAGUCAUAUCCAGUUUACAGCUGUGGAAUGAUUGAAGACUUGGAAACAAAUCGCCUAAGGCAUCCUGUACUCUGGCUUUACUCAGUCCCAGAGACUGAACCUUCAGCCCCCAGGCUACACUUAAAUUACCUAGGAAGAAAGGGUUUGCAGGGUCUGUAGAAGACAAUGCAGUGGGCUGAUAAUGCUGUGAUAUGACUUAAAGUGCAAUAUUACUUGAGAAGAUUGUAGAUUGUAGGCGAUUCAUGUGAGAAUAUAAACUUUCCUCAGAAACAAACUAAGUGGUGUGGUAAUUGGGCCUAGUCAUUCGGUCUUUGUAUUAGUUCUCGUUCUCUCAGUCAACAUACGUCCUUCUAAUGGCAGUUACUGUGUAUGCUGCUGAGUAAUAACCACAUUCCUUUAAAAACAUUCUGUCAAUUAGUCGUCGUUCAGUUAGCCCACAUUAGUGAAAGUUUUUAUUAGGUUAACGUUCCAGAAGUACUUACUUCAAAUUAUUUUGUAUCGUUUCAACUGUGUGUGUGGUUUGUGAUACAGGAGAGACAACUUAGAUACUUCAAAAACUAAUACAAAAUAUAUAACAACUGGAAUAUUAUAUUAAGAGAAUCCUUAAUCUUUGUUAAUAGUAACGUGUUUCAUGACAGCCGUCAAAUACAUAGGUACAAUUCGGUGGCAUGAAAACAUUUAUGGUCUUUAUGUCCAUCGAACAUAAACGAAAAAAACCUGAAGACCUCCAAAAGAUGAUGUAGCAGUAGUGGAAAUGCACCACUCACAUUUCCUUGUAUGGGAAGCAGGGUUGACUGAGAACCCCAACUGCUGCCCCAUGGGAUCCGCCCCUGCGUUCCUGCUGAGGCCCCACUUCCCCCAGGCUGUUCCCAGCCAGUGAAUGAGUGUGUUGGCCCAUUCCCCGAUGGAUGACUUUGGUUCAAGGACUCCCCGUUAGCCUGCCCAGUACUUUCUUACGACUGUACACCAGUCCUCCUUUCCUCUCUCUCCCCAUCACAGGUGUCAGACUCUGCCUACUUUUCUCCUUUAUAGUUCAAAGUGUUUCCCCAGUAAAUCUCUUUCACAUUUAAUCCCAUUUUAGCAUUUGUUUCUCAGAGAACCCAAACUAACACGUGUAGUUUUAAAAGAACAACUUAUGAGAGAACAACUUAUAGACAGACUCAUAUACCAAAGCUUGUGGCUUUUUCUAGUACAAUCAUGGUCUAACCACUUAAAUUUUUACAUUGCUUGGGGAUUUCUGAGAAAUUGUAGGUUGUGCAUUUAUGGAGAAGGCUUGUACUAUGGAACUUGUACAUUUUAGGUGUUUGGGUAGAAUUGAAAUAUGUUCUGCAUUUUUCUUAUUUUGAUGUCAGUUACUGUGACCUAUUACUAAACUUAAAGAGCCAGUUCAUUGGAUGAAUGGUAUGACUUAACAAUGAAUAAAGUUAGUAACACUA